AUGCUAGUUUUGUUUUUGUACAUUAUUGCUUUAGAUUUGUAUGAAAUAAAGAUGUGCUAUGUAUAUUGGAAGUCGAAAAUGCAUGAGCGUUAUUCCGUAUUCGACCUGUUUUUCAGAAAGACCCCUUUUAAGGGCGAAUUCGCGGUAUUUUGUGGACUAAAUGAUGUUCUGAAUGCCGUCGAGAGGUUCAAGUUUAGUGCUGAAGACAUCGAGUACCUUAAGACCUUGCUGCCUUCUGACACUGACCCAUUAUUUUGGUUGUACCUGUCGUCUUUGGAUUGCAGCAAGAUCAAGAUUUCAGCGAUCGCGGAAGGAUCCGUCGUGUUUGCGCGUGAGCCGCUGAUUAUUGUUGAGGGUCCACUGGCUAUCUGUCAGCUCCUCGAAACGCUGAUCCUCAAUCUGAUCAACUUCGCGAGUUUAGUUUGUACAAACGCUGUGCGUUUUCGUCUAGCCGCGGGUCCGAAAACGAAGUUGUUUGAAUUCGGCAUUCGAAGGGCUCAGGGACCAGACGGUGCGUUGACGGCUUCAAAAUAUAUCUACAUCGGUGGCUUCGAUGCGACUAGCAAUGUUUUAGCCAGCCGGCUGUUCGGCAUCCCGCCCGUCGGAACUCAGGCCCAUUCGUUUGUCUGCUCGUUUGACGAUAGGGCGAUUGCGGUCGUCCUUCUUACUACAGCUGAUAGCAAACCCGUCGACAUCUUUGCAGUCGCUUCCCGCUUCGUCGAAGAACUGGUAAAGUUGUUUCCGAACUUGCUGUUGACGGAAAUAAACAAAAGCGAGCUCCUGGCGUUCGUUACUUUCGCUUCUUCCUAUCCGUCUGGUUUUCUAGCUCUCAUCGACACCUAUGACGUGCUGAAAAGUGGUGCCGUGAAUUUUUGUGCAUGUGCCCUCGCCCUUGACACUUGUGGAUUCCGAGCGGUAGGGGUGCGCAUAGACAGCGGUGAUCUGGCGUACCUGUCGCGCGAGAUUCGCGCAAUGUUUCGAAAUGUCUGUUAUAAGAUUUCCAUCAACGACAUCAAUGAAGAUACCAUAAAUUCACUGAACGAGCAAGGCCACGAGAUUGACUGCUUUGGAGUAGGUACUCAUCUGGUGACGUGCCAGAAGCAGCCUGCGCUUGGUUGUGUCUAUAAGCUUGUCGAACUUAACGGCGAAUCAAGGAUUAAGCUCAGCGAGGACAUUGAGAAAAUUACGAUUCCAGGACGGAAGAUCGUUUAUCGUCUAUACGGCAAAGAUGGAUAUGCUAUAAAUGACUUGGUCCAGUUAGCAGCCGAUGAUCCUCCUGCUGAAAUGAUGUCCGUGUUGUGUCGUCAUCCCUUUUACGAAUGUAAAAGAGCUAUCGUGAAAGCUGCGACCGUACAAGUACUUCAUAAGGUAUAUUGGGAAAAUGGUCAUCGAACGAUGAAAGCCCCCACGCUCAACGAAAUCAAAACGCAUCUGCAGUCGUCCUUUCGCCAUGUGCGCAACGAUCACAAACGUUCACUGAAUCCAACGCCAUACAAGGUCUCGUUGAAUAGUUCUCUUUAUGAUUUCUUUCAUAGUCUCUGGUUAGAAAAGGCUCCGAUUGGUCAACUGGAGUAG